ACAAAAUCCUGCAGUCAAAGACAAUGUCGUGAAACAAGAUUACGCACGUGUCCUCAGUUUCUCAGUGGAGUUUAAAAAGGCAUUCUUGUAUCAUGGAGUGUUAACUGGAAAACAUCUACAACAUUUAAAUUUUACAUCAAAAGAAGCUGAGCAUGCAUGCAGCAGAGGGAGCAAAAUAACAGGGAAGGGAGGAAUCAGUCAGAUUCAGAGUGUUUAAUAGUCACAUGUACAGGGUUUGCAGGUGUGAUUGCAGGGUACAGUGAAAAUCUUAGGUGCUGAGCUCCAACAUGCAAUACUAAGUGGAAUAAAAUAAUGAAAAUUGUAAUAAAAACAACAAUAGAAAUAGCACUAUAUACACCAUACAAACUGUAGCAGUGAUUAAUAAAUAAAUGUCCAUUAGAGUAAAGCCUGUUGAGGGGGUGGGAGAAUGAGCAGCAAGACCAAAGUGAAAUAAGAGUAAUAAUAUACAUAUUAACAACUGCAACAGUGAUGAAUGUCGUUGGGGUGGGGGCCCUCUGGGACAGGACAAAUUUCAGCUCUGGAGAACACAGGUGCUAGAAUCUUUCCAGUUCCCACACAGCCAUGAGUGCCAUGAAUCUGGCUAGCAAGACUACACAGGUGUGGUCAAUGGGAAGACAUAUCCAAUGAGGAGGCCCCAGAACAAUGAAGAGAUUCUGAGAAGCAGCUACAGUUAAGAGUGGAGUGUGCUGGCCUAUUGUGUGGUUUGAUAAUUGUCUGUGGUAGGGAGCAGGGGAGGUCUCUGGCUCGUUGCUAAGCUGCAGGAGACGUUGAGUGUCCCCUUGUAGGGGCCCCCAAUCUAGUUUUGCCAAAUCACAUCUGAAACAAGGCUAACAUUGUAGACAUGAUAAUUCAUGUAUUAUUUUAAUUGUUGUACUGUACCAUGUGUAUCCUGUGAAUAUGACAAGUAAACUUGACUUCAUACACACAUACAGUCAAAAAUACAGGUGCAGGGCUAUUCAAUUAACCUUGUGUUACUGGUGUCCCAGUCUAAAUUUGAAUCAGUCCGAUUAGGGAAACAACAACAAAACAGUACUGCCCUAUGGCCUCCACGGCUGCAUUCGAGUGGGAAAUCUCCAAUUAUAUAAUGUCUUUGCCUGCAACCCGGUAGCAUCUGCACUGUACUUCCUGUGUUUACUAGUGUGUGUGAUCCUUAAAGUGGUAGCACAGGGAGACAAAUUCCCAAUGAAUAAAAUUCAUGAUAGAACAUAAAGACAAUCAGCAGAUGUUUUCAGGGAGUGUACGUUUCGAGCAAAGGAGGAAAUAAACGAUCCCGUCUGUUCUUACGAAGAUCUCACGACACUUCUCUCUCUCAGUGGCGGCUGUGUUGCCCCCUGUCUCAGCCAGCACGGACGGAGUUGUUUCUGACAUUUGAAUGAAAAACAGUUUGAAUUGCUACCACUUUGGACAGAUGAAAUAAUGGCUUCAGCCUUGGAGCAGUUCGUGAACAAUGUGCGGCAGCUCUCUGCUCAAGGUCAGAUGACACAGCUGUGUGAACUGAUCAACAAGAGCGGGGAGCUGUUGGCCAAGAACCUGUCCCACCUGGACACUGUACUGGGGGCCUUGGACAUCCAGGAGCACUCCUUGGGCGUGCUGGCUGUGCUGUUUGUGAAGUUCUCCAUGCCAAACAUCCCUGACUUUGAGACGCUCUUUUCCCAAGUCCAGCUCUUUAUCAGUACCUGCAAUGGGGAGCACAUCAGAUAUGCAACAGACACUUUUGCCGGCCUCUGCCAUCAGUUGACAAACGCCCUUGUAGAACGGAAACAGCCAUUGAGAGGCGUCGGCAUUCUAAAACAGGCAAUAGACAAAAUGCAGAUGAACACAAACCAACUUACCUCAGUUCAUGCGGACCUGUGUCAGCUGUGCUUGUUAGCAAAGUGCUUCAAGCCUGUCCUCCCAUUUCUUGAGCUUGACAUGAUGGACAUCUGUAAGGAGAAUGGCGCCUACGACGCAAAGCACUUUCUAUGUUACUACUAUUACGGAGGCAUGAUCUACACAGGUCUGAAGAACUUUGAAAGAGCACUGUAUUUUUAUGAACAGGCAAUAACCACUCCAGCUAUGGCAGUCAGUCACAUCAUGUUGGAGGCCUAUAAAAAGUACAUCCUGGUCUCCUUGAUUCUACACGGCAAAGUGCAGCAGCUCCCCAAAUACACAUCACAGAUAGUUGGGAGGUUCAUAAAGCCUCUCAGCAAUGCCUACCAUGAGCUUGCUCAGGUGUACGCCACCAACAACCCAGCAGAACUGCGCACCCAGGUGAACAAACACAGCGAGACCUUCACACGCGACAACAAUACAGGCCUUGUCAAGCAGUGCCUGUCAUCCCUCUACAAGAAGAAUAUACAGAGGCUAACAAAGACUUUCUUGACGCUGUCCUUGCAAGACAUGGCAAGUCGAGUGCAGCUGUCAGGGCCCCAGGAGGCGGAGAAGUAUGUCUUGCACAUGAUUGAAGAUGGCGAGAUCUAUGCCAGUAUCAACCAAAAGGAUGGCAUGGUCUGUUUCCAUGACAACCCGGAGAAAUACAACAACCCCGCAAUGCUUCACAAAAUUGACCAAGAGAUGCUGAAGUGUAUAGAGCUGGAUGAGAAACUAAAGUCCAUGGAUCAAGAAAUCACAGUAAACCCGCAGUUUGUGCAGAAGAGUAUGGGAACGCAGGAGGAUGAUGUAGGCAGCAAAACGUCAAGUUACUCCUGAGGGCCAUGGACAGGGGAGAACACUGCCACCCUUCAGGUUCUCAUUGGAUGACUUUUUUUUAAAGUGGAAAAACAUUCUAUUGAGUAUGGACAUUGGUCAAGGAAAAUCUAAAUGUGUGGAAUGAUAAUUUGGUUAUUUCUUUCACGGUGUCUUGAGGAACCCUAAACAAAAAAACAAUUUUGUCAGUGUUUUAUUUAUCAUUGUUCAGGCGGAAGAGCCACUGCUGCAUUAACAACCAUAAUAAUAAAAACUGGACUUAUUUGUUCAAAAGGAAUGUGUGCUAAAGCACCGUUUUUCUGUUGCAUGAUAUUUUUUUUAGGAAUUUCCUUAUAGGAUAACGUGCAACAUUUGAGGAAAUCUUAAGUCUCAUGUUUUGAAGAUCAGUAAUUUCUCUCGACCUGCUAGACAUGCCAGAAAAUUUAUCACAUGGAGAAAAACAAGGCUGCACAUCUGCCCAUGAACAAAUGUAGAGCGGAUAGUACAGCUUAAAAAAAAUAAAACAAUUGGUGCACUGUUUUUUUCCAUCCCC